AAACAUUAACCACAAAAUAUUUUUGGCGGUUACUUUGGGGGGUAUUGAAAAAGUAAUCUCGCAGAAACUAAUUAUAGCUGCUUAUAGUUCUGUUAACUAGAAAAAUAUUAUUAUAAUGUCUGGUGAGAUAUCAGAAGAAAAGCUCGCAGAUGUCCUACCAACUUACUAUAAAAGAUUAUUCCCGUCUUUACAUCUUUAUCGCUGGUUAAUUUAUGGAAAUGCUUCCACGUUCUCUAAAAGAGAAAUAUCCUUUACGCCUAGGGAUGUGUACAUACGAUUCCAAUCGUACGAUACACACGAUGAUUUCCUAAACGAUUUAUGUAAAAAACUACCAGUAAAAAUAGAUAUUGGAUGCGUAUACCAUACCAAACCAAAAGACAAAACUAUGCUAACUAAUCUAAUUCCUGUUUCGAAAGAGAUAGUUUUCGAUAUAGAUAUGACCGAUUACGAUGAUAUUAGAACAUGUUGUUCCGGAGCAAAUGUAUGUAUAAAAUGCUGGAAGUGGAUGGUAAUAGCCAGUAAAAUUAUUGAUACAGCAUUAAAGGAGGAUUUUGGCUUUAACCACAUAUUAUGGGUAUUUUCUGGUAGAAGAGGUAUUCAUGCUUGGAUCUCAGAUAGUACAGCUAGAAAUUAUGAUGAUAACGUCAGAUCGAGUAUAGUAGAAUAUUUAAGUGUGGUAAAAGGAGGCUUGGGUACAACAAAAAAAGUACACUUGCCUUACAUACAUUCUUCAUUAAGAAGGGCAUUAGCAAUAAUCGAUCAGUAUUUUAUAGAGGAUAUUGUAAAAGGUCAGGAUAUUCUGGGAACACAACAAAGGCUAGACAAUUUUUUGGAGGUUAUCGAUGCAGAAAUAAGAACGCCUAUUAGGGAUAACAUGAGGCAGUGUAAAAGUUCAGAGGAACGAUGGCAGACAUUUGAAAAAACUUUUAAAGAACUUCAGCAAAAAGGUAGUGUUCCAAAAAACGAUUGCAAUCUUAUUGAAGAAUUGAAAUUGUUCUAUGCUUAUCCUCGCCUAGACAUAAACGUUUCGAAAGCGAUAAAUCACUUGUUGAAAUCUCCUUUCUGCGUUCAUCCCAAAACUGGCAAAAUAUGCGUUCCGUUUAAUGUAAAAAACGUGGAUAAUUUCGAUCCAAAUAAUGUGCCUACUCUUUUAAAAUUGAUCGAGGAAAUCGACGCUUACGAUGAAAAAACGAAACAACUACAGGAAACGGCUAUGGAGAUUCAAGAAACUGCCACAAAUAAGGUCAAGAUAAAGGAUUACAAAAAAACAAGCCUUCUAGGACCGAUAAAUGUGUUCACUGAAUUCCUGAGAAAUAUGCGGAAGAAGGAAGUGGACAAAACGGCUGAAGGUGAUCUGAAUUUUUAAGGAACUUUUAUUAUGUUAAUUAAUUAUAAUUUUACUUAAUUGAAUUAUAUUUUUCAUUUAAACA